AUGCCUAGAAAAGUCCACGUUCAAACAACGAUUAAUGGUGAAGCAGCUGAAUAUUUAUGCGAACCUCGCCAGAGCGUACUUGAGGUCUUGCGAGAUGUACUUCAUCUGACGGGUGCCAAAGAGGGUUGUAAUAAUGGAAACUGUGGUGCCUGCAGUGUGAUUCUUGAUGGGCGUCUGGUCAAUUCGUGUUUGGUGCUUGGCGCUGAACUCGAAGGGAAAUCGCUUGAAACGAUUGAGGGGCUCGCCGAGCCGGAUCAGCUUCAUCCAAUUCAAGAUGCGUUUUUAGAAAAUGCUGCCCUCCAGUGUGGUAUUUGCACGCCCGGCUUUAUCAUGGCGGCAAAGGCAUUGUUAGAUCAAAAUCCGAAUCCAACUGAGCACGAAAUCCGCUAUUGGUUAGCGGGUAAUCUGUGUCGUUGUACUGGAUACGAUAAAAUUGUACGUGCUGUCCAAGAUGCAGCGCAAACUACGUCUUAG